UUCGGAAUAAGGAUAGACAGAUCGAGGAGUCGACGGAGAAGAACGAUGAAGAGUUGCGAUUCUACAAGCAGAAAGUCAAGCAUCUGCAGUACGAGCAUCAGAACAACUUGACGGAAUGCAAGGCCGAGGCGAUGGUCUCCAUCAAAUUGGCGAGAGACGAUCACGCCGAGCAGGAGCGAGAGUUGCUCAGGGAUAAGAGGGAGUUGAAGGCCAAAGGGAGGGAACAGGAGAUGGCCAAUCAGGACCACAUCAAGAGUCUUAAAAUGCAUUUCAGUGAAGAGUUGUACAAAGCUAGAGAAGAGUUCGAGACGCAAACUAAGGAAAUCGAGUUGAAAUACGAGAAGAAAUUUGGUCAGCUCAGAGAUGAAUUGGGAAUACAACACAAGAUGGAAAUGACGGAGGUCGAGGAGCGUAAGAAUACGCAAAUCUCUGAUCUGAUUCGGAACCACGAGAAGGCUUUCAACGAGAUGAAGAACUACUACAACGACAUCACGCUGAACAACUUAGCUCUGAUUAGUAGCUUGAAGGAUCAAAUGGAAGUUCUGAAAAAACAGAACGAAAGGAUGGGAAAACAAGUCGCGGAUUUGACGGCCGAUAACCGGAGGAUGGCGGAGCCCUUGAAGCAGGCUUUGGUGGAUGUGACGGAGUACAAGAGGCAAUUGCAGAACUACGAAAAGGAUAAAUUGUCUUUAGCUCACACCAAGAGCAAAUUGCAGGCCACGAAGAAGGAAUUGGACGAUCUCAGAUGGGUGAGCGAAGCCAUGGAGCUGCGUUUCGAAAAACUUCAAGCGGAGAAGGAUGAACUCGAGGAUAAGUUCAUGAAAGCCGUGCUGGACGUACAGAGGAAGACCGCCACCAAGAACGGACUUCUUGUGCAACGCAUCGGGGUGUUGGUGGGAAACGCGGAGCGGAGGGAAUGCAUCAUCGCUGAAUUAGGAGAUCAUGAACACAGGACGAUGAUUAAAGCAAGAGUGGAUAAAAUGCUUGAUAAGAAGAACAAGAAAAUCAGCGAUUUGCAGUACGAAUUCGCCAAAAUCGCCAAAGCUUACGACGAUCUGAUCCUGUCGUACGAGGCCAAGCUGAAGCAGUACGGAAUUCCCGUGACUGAAUUGGGCUUCACCCCGAUGACCAUCAUCCCAUCCGGUCAAGGGGCUCCGGCCAAAGGACCAGCAGGAAUCAUCACCAAGAAUAAGUAGAAGGUUGCGUAACUGUCGCACUGUUGAAUAACAGCAACAACAACGGAGGACACAAGAUGAGGAGAAAAAAAAACUCAUCGGCGAGAAUAAUGUCGAUUACGUAACGCUCAAUAAAUAAUGUUCUUCUUUGGAGCGACAAAGGCCGUGUUUUCGAUUACAUUCUUUUUUAUUUUAUACAUUUUGUUUAAGUUUGUUGUUCCGCACAAAUCUAUUAUACAGGUGGCCAAAAACGAUGUGCAGUUAAUCAUUGCUCCUCCAACCACGAAUCGAGUGGGCGCGACAAGACAAACAGAUGACUAUUGUAUUAAGCGUAAAUUUGUCACUGUACCAUUUAGUUUAGCCAACUAUAAAAUUUCCAUAUUUCUAUAUAGAAAUUAAUCUACAUUAAUUUUACAUUACAAUACAUUUUACAUACUUACACUAGAAAGUUUAAUUUGAAACGUUUCAUUGGAUUCUUUAGUAUAUUACAACAGUACUAUUUCCAUUAUUAUGAUAUAAUAAAUGGCAUAAACAAUAAUUUUAAAUUAUGUAAAACGGGUUUAUUUUUCGGAAUGACUCAAAUCUCACGCAAAUUGCAGCGAAGUUAUUAUUG